AUGCAUAUAGGACAAUCCUUACUGGUCAUUGUAGCAAGUUUAAUCAUCUUCCAUUUGUCUGGGGCGACCAAGAAAGGAACAGAGAAGCAAACCACCUCAGAAACUCAGAAGUCAGUGCAGUGUGGGACUUGGACAAAACAUGCAGAGGGAGGUAUUUUUACCUCUCCCAACUACCCCAGCAAGUACCCCCCUGACCGAGAGUGCAUCUACAUCAUAGAAGCUGCCCCAAGACAGUGCAUUGAACUUUACUUUGAUGAAAAGUACUCUAUUGAGCCGUCUUGGGAGUGCAAAUUUGAUCAUAUUGAAGUUCGAGAUGGACCUUUCGGAUUUUCUCCAAUAAUUGGACGUUUUUGUGGACAACAAAACCCACCUGUAAUAAAAUCCAGUGGAAGAUUUCUAUGGAUUAAAUUUUUCGCUGAUGGAGAGCUGGAAUCUAUGGGAUUUUCAGCUCGAUACAAUUUCACACCUGAUCCUGACUUUAAGGACCUUGGCGUUUUGAAACCAUUACCAGCAUGUGAGUUUGAGAUGGGCGGCCCAGAAGGAAUUGUGGAGUCUGUACAGAUUAUGAAGGAAGGCAAAGCUUCUGCCAGCGAGGCCGUGGAUUGCAAGUGGUACAUCCGGGCACCUCCACGAUCCAAGAUCUACCUACGUUUCUUGGACUACGAGAUGCAGAAUUCCAAUGAAUGCAAAAGGAACUUUGUGGCCGUGUAUGAUGGGAGCAGUUCCGUGGGGGACCUCAAGGCUAAGUUCUGCAGCACUGUGGCCAAUGACGUCAUGCUCCGCACAGGUCUUGGGGUCAUCCGCAUGUGGGCCGAUGAGGGCAGUCGAAACAGCAGAUUUCAGAUGCUGUUCACAUCCUUCCAAGAACCUCCCUGUGAAGGCAAUACAUUCUUCUGCCAUAGCAACAUGUGUAUUAACAAUACACUGGUCUGCAAUGGACUCCAGAACUGUGUGUAUCCUUGGGACGAAAAUCAUUGUAAAGAGAAGAGGAAAGCCAGCCUGCUGGACCAGCUCACCAACACCAGUGGGACUGUCAUUGGAGUGACUUCCUGCAUUGUGAUCAUCCUUAUUAUCAUUUCUGUCAUUGUGCAGAUCAAACAGCCUCGUAAAAAAUAUGUCCAAAGGAAAUCGGACUUUGACCAGACAGUUUUCCAGGAGGUGUUUGAACCUCCCCAUUAUGAGUUAUGCACUCUCAGAGGGACAGGAGCUACAGCUGACUUUGCAGAUGUGGCAGAGGACUUUGAAAACUACCACAAACUGCGGAGAUCCUCUUCCAAGUGCGUUCACGACCACCACUGUGGGUCCCACGUGUCCAGUACAAAGGGCAGCCGCAGUAACCUCAGCACAAGAGAUGCUUCUGUCUUGACGGAGAUGCCCCCACAGCCCAUCAAACCCCUCAUCCCGCCCAUGAACAGAAGAAAUAUCCUCGUCAUGAAACACAGCUACUCGCAGGAUGCCGCAGAUGCCUGUGACAUCGACGAGAUUGAGGAGGUGCCCACGACGAGUCACAGGCUGUCCCGACACGACAAAGCCGUGCAGCGGUUCUGCCUCAUUGGGUCUCUAAGCAAACAUGAAUCUGAAUACAACACAACUAGGGUCUAA